AUGAAUGUCAACGCUCAAAUGGGCGGAUUUCAAAACGGUGUCAAGGGUCAAAGAGGUAUUUCCCAGCUCUCAAAUCAAAGAGCUUCUCAGCAAACAAGAGUGCAACAGCAGCAACAACAACAACAGCGUGCUAACGCAUCCUCACAACAUGAUUCUUUAGUGAGAGAAGCGAGAUUACGAUUAGACUUCAAGAAGUCCUUUAUGGAUGAUGAAUUUUUUUUUCCAGAAACUACGUCCAUAAGCAAUCAAAGGCAAGUAUCCCUUAGUGGAAAGGAAUUUCUCUCUCCAGCAAAUGUGCGUGCGGUGCUUAAUGCCGGAAACCCUCUGAUACAGUUGCAACAUGAUUCAAAAGAUACUAUCAAUGAUCACAUAGCUCCAAACAUGUCCACGAGGUCUCUUGAGCAGCAGUAUUUUCAGAGCCAAGUGGCAGCGGCGGCUCAACAACAUCAGCAACAGCAGCAGCAGCAGCAACAACAACAACACCAUGCCAAUCCAUAUCUCUCUAAUACUGGGUACCACAACUACCCUCAGCAGCACUCGGGGUAUGUUGUGGAAGGGGUACACAAUUGGUAA